GCCAUUGGGUGAAGUCUUCGCUGUUUGCGUGCUUGUGGGGGUGGGGGAGGUAUCCCUCCCUGGACCCCAGCGAUUUCCUCUCUCGGCUUGUCUGGGUCAUCUCGUCUGCCCGCCGCUGGCCUGGCCCCGUCUGUCUCUCUCAGCAGCUGUCUUUUUCGCGCCCACUGGCCGGUCUCUCCUCUUCCCCGCAGUCGCCGCCUUCUCUGCCUGCUUGGGUGGCCGCCAUGGGCCGGAAGCGGCUCAUCACUGACUCCUACCCGGUUGUGAAGAGGAGGGAGGGGCCCGCUGGGCACAGCAAGGGGGAGCUGGCACCCGAGCUAGGGGAGGAGCCCCAGCCCCCCGACGAGGACGAGGCGGAGCUGCAGCUGCUGAGGCAGUUUGACCUGGCCUGGCAGUAUGGGCCCUGCACCGGGAUCACACGGCUGCAGCGCUGGUGUCGGGCCAAGCAGCUGGGCUUGGAGCCUCCCCCAGAGGUGUGGCAGGUGCUGAAGACCCACCCUGGAGACCCCCGCUUCCAGUGCAGCCUCUGGCAUCUCUAUCCCCUAUGAGGCCUAGGACCUCCUGCCCUUGGCUCUCCUGCUCACCACCCAAGAACCUCAGGACAGAAGCGCGAGCCUACUGCUCCUACUCAGCUCAGCCCCGCUGUGGAGGAACCCUUGGCAGGUGGAACCUGAAGGUGUUCGAGGCUCAGCUCCUCCAUCUAACCUGCAGGCUUCCAGAGCCCCCUGGGAGAGCCAGCACAGCUGAAGCAAAGCGGUCCUAGAUGGAGAGCAGUCUUGGGGAAAAGGACCUGGCCAUUGCCUUCCAAUACCUGCUGCCUGCCUCCCUGACCCAUGGUGUGGCAAAUUAGGCACAGCCAGACAUGGACAGUUGAUCCAUGAGGCAAAGAUGCUGUCCCACCUAAGGCUAGGAAUCUGAGAGCAGGACUGGCUGAGCUCCCAGGGCAAGGGGUUCACUAAUGCUUAUCAAUAAAGAACACUGAGCCUGGAA